CAUAUGUUCCUUUCUUGUUGACACGACAAAGCUUCAAGUGUGUAGCCAGAGUGUCGGAGUGUGUGCUAGGAGUGUCGAAGUGUGUACUAGGAGUGUCGAAGUGUGUACUAGGAGUGUCGAAGUGUGUACUAGGAGUGUCGAAGUGAGUACUACAGAGUGUCAGAGAGUGACGCCAUGUUCAACCUUCUGACGGCUGUGCAGGUCGGAGUGGUGGCCUAUGUGCUGUACACGUACCUCAAUGGGGAGCCGGAGCCGGGAGCUGGGCUGGCGGGGAAGAUGAACUCCAGCUAUGAUUACAUCGUCAUCGGCGCAGGGUCUGCUGGUUGUGUGGUGGCCAGCCGCUUGUCUGAGGUCAAGGACGUGACGGUCUUGCUGCUGGAGGCAGGGGGAGACGACCGGGGGGACUUCAACAUCAUGACCCCCGGGCUGUCCCACCUGAACAUGCACUCAAAACACGACUGGGAGUACUACACGGAGCCGCAGAAACACGGGCUUAGGGGGUUUAAUGGGCAGAGAGCCUUCUGGCCCCGAGGCAAGGUUCUGGGCGGGACUUCAAACCUCUACAGCAUGGUCGCCAUCAGAGGCCACAAGCUGGACUACGACAGGUGGGCGGAGCUAGGCGCCGAUGGGUGGAGCUACAAGGACGUUCUUCCGUUUUUCAUCAAGUCGGAAGAUAUGCAAGAGCCAAGCCUUGCCAAUUCUGAGUACCACGGGCGGGGUGGGCCCCUCAAAGUCUCGGUGCCCAAGACAAUGCCACUGACCGAUUAUCUGCUCAGGGCUGGUCAAGAACUCGGGCUAAAGAUAUCUGACCCCAACGGGGAGGUCAUGGAAGGUUUGUCGCAGACACAGUCCAACUCCUACAGGGGUGUCCGGUGGAGCUCGUCCCGUGGGUACAUACACACCGUCCUGUCGCGAGAAAACCUGCACGUGCGCAUCAACUCUCACGUGAGAAAGAUCAUCUUCGAGGGCCAGCAGGCCGUGGGUGUGGAUCUAAUCCACCAGGGGAGGAAGGAGACAAUACGUGCCAACAGGGAGAUAAUCCUGUCGGCUGGGGCCAUCGGCUCGCCACAGAUCCUCAUGCUGAGCGGGGUCGGACCCAGGGAGCAUCUGCAGGAGCUGGGGAUACCUGUGGUAGCAGACUUACCUGUCGGAUCGAACCUACAAGACCACCUGUUCUUUGAGUAUUCCAUCGGCUUGAACCAGACGGUCAGCGCCACACCUGAUCAGAUCGAUUCGCUCUGGUCACGGCUACAGGUCCAGCUGUUUGGGACAGGUAUCCUCAGCUCCAGUCACUACGUGGAGGUGCAAGUCUUUGACUGCACAGAUGACAAAAGCCGGAAACAGAACUGGCCAGAUUUUCAAAUCAUGUUUCACCAAACUCCGUGGACGGUAGAGUCACUGAGGAAGUUUGGCUACAGUGAGGAGACCCUGCAGGAGUCUAGCCACCGCCACACUCACACCGACAUGUUCGCCUGUGAGGCCUCACUCCUGCGCCCCGAGAGUCGUGGCGUCAUCAGGCUCAAGUCACGUGACCCGUUUGAUUACCCGUCCAUUGACCCCAACUACCUGCACAGGCAGGAGGACGUUGACCUUCUGGUUAGAGGUAUCCGGUACUGCCAGAGAUUCCAAGAGACGGCGACCUUGAAAGCCCUGGGGUCGGUGCCGGCGGACAAGCCCAACAGGUUCUGCCAGGAGCACGCGUACGACACGGACGGCUACUGGCAGUGCAUGGUCCGGCAGAAGAUCCACACCAUCUACCAUCCGGUGGGCACCUGCAAGAUGGGCAGGGUCACUGACCCCACGGCGGUCGUUGACCCACGAUUGAGGGUGAUUGGAGUGAAAGGCCUGAGGGUGGCUGACGGCUCCAUCAUGCCGUACAUACCAUCAGGGAACACCCACACCCCCAUCGUGAUGGUAGGAGAGAAGUGCGCCCACAUGGUGCUGGAGGACCGCGGCGGGCCGACCACAGUCUAGGCUUUGUUAGCUUUGUGGGGUGA